CGCUCAGUCUGUUUGCUCGCAGGAGGAAUCAGCAGCAGCAGCAGGACAAUGGACCGUCUCCACUACGGAUCCUAACGGGCGCCGGGCUGUUUCCCGCACGCUGGAAUAGAAGGAGGUGAAUGUCAAACAGCUCCAGGAUGCUGCCGUCCUCGUCCCUGCUAACCUGCUGUUCACCAGGGGGCAUCUGAUUUACCAAACAUGAUGAAGACUGAGCCCCCGUCGGCCACGGGGGGCAACGGGACCUCCGGUGGCAGCGGCGGGGGAAGUGGGAGCUCGAACCUGAGGAGUCCCUCGCCCCACCGCAACGCCUACCAGGCAGGGUUGGCGGCCCUCAAGAAGGCCACUGACCACCUCAACAAUGCCGCCAACGGAGGCUCUGACCCCGCCUCAAAGCCCACUCCUCUGCCCCGCCCAACCGGUAGGGGCCGGAAAUAUGGAUCAAACGUUCACCGCAUCAAGAACAUGUUCAUGCAGAUGCAGUCUCCUGGUGAUGAGGAGGACGGAGCCAAAAUGAUUGGUAAAGAGCAGGCUGUGAAACUGUCCCUGCCGAGGGCGUCAAGCCUCAACGAGAACGUUGACCACAGCGCCCUGCUCAAACUCGGGGCCGUAGUCUCAGAGAGGGUCAACCGUUUCGACUCUAAAGGUGGAGGGGAGGGUGGGGGCUCCUCUGUGGGCCUCUCCAAGCUCCAGGAGACCAGGAGGAUCUUCGAACAGCGGACUUUGCAGGAGAAGCAAGCUGCCACCAACCGGAUCUUGCUGAAGAAGGAGCGGGCAUCGGGCUUCCAGGACAGCCGUCUAGAUGUUGUGGCUCGCUUUAACGGAUCUACGGAGGCUUUGGACCGGCUGGACGACCCCCCUGUUCCCACUCCCGCUCUAGCUCCCCCUACUGUUCCCGCUGCUGCAGCUUCAGUCGGGCCCAGUGAGGCUAUCAGCCCCACCGUCAGCCAGCUCAGUGCUGUGUUCGAGAAGGGCGAACCACAAAACAAUCUCUACCUCCCCCAGCGUCGGUCAGGUCCUGCCCUAGCGCCAAAACCCAAACCUCCAGCCAGAGCAGAAGCUGGUGGAAGGAAGGUGAAAGUGAUACCUCCAGGGAAGGAGGACCACGAGGAGGUGGCAGCAGGAACUGUGAACACCCAGGCAGCAGUGCUACCAGAGGUGACAGGGUCUCUACAGAGGAGCACAGGAGGAGUGAUGCCCAGCGAGGAGAAGGGGCUCGUACAGUCAGGAGACCAGCUCUCCAACUCCUCCCACUCCUCAUCGUCUUCUGUGGCUGUCACAUCCUCAUCUUCCUCUUCGGAGGUCAAACAGGAAUUGGUGGUCCAGCCAACAGAAACUGAAGCCAGGGGCUCAAGUACAGUGGGCCCCGAGCAGGGACCACAAGCUGAUGAGCAGGACGGCUCCACAGGGUCUGAGGCCGGCGCCAGGCUGGUGCAGGCCGACGUUCAUGCCUCACUGGAAAAUGGAGAGAAAGAGUCUCCCGGUUCAUCUCCCUCCUCGGAUGAGAAAGGAGCGGACUCUGAGGGGAGAGGCGAGGAAGAAGAGGAGGAGAAUGACGACGAUGGCUCAAGGAAGGAUGAUUACUCUGAGGGGGAUCUGGUAGACAUCAGUGCGUACAGUGGGCUUGGGGAGGAGGACUCUGGGGGCAGCCAGCUGGAUGAUGAGGAGGAUGAUGAAGAUGAGGAGGCAUAUCAGCCGGAGACCAGCUGCUCCGAGAUCCCGGGCCUCCCUGAGGAAGAGGAGCCUGUGCCAUCCAAUAGGAAGAUUCGGUUCAGCACUGGGCCAAUCAGGGUCUUCACCACCUACUCUAACGAAGACUAUGACCGCCGCAAUGAUGAUGUUGACCCCAUGGCAGCCUCAGCCGAGUAUGAGCUGGAGAAAAGAGUCGAGAAGCUGGACCUGUUUCCUGUGGAGCUGGAGAAAGACAGUGAUGGUCUGGGUAUCAGUAUCAUAGGGAUGGGUGCAGGAGCUGAUAUGGGUCUGGAGAAACUGGGCAUCUUUGUUAAGACGGUCACCGAGGGCGGAGCGGCGCAGAGAGACGGCAGGAUCCAGGUGAAUGAUCUGAUAGUGGAGGUUGAUGGAACCAGCCUGGUUGGCGUCACUCAGAGCCUCGCCGCAUCUGUUCUCCGCAACACCAGCGGCACUGUCAGGUUUGUGAUUGGUCGGGAGAAGCCGGGCGAGCAGAGUGAAGUGGCUCAGCUGAUCCAGCAGACUCUGGAGCAGGAGAGGUGGCAGAGAGAGAUGAUGGAGCAGAGAUACAAACAGUACAUGGACGAUGAUGAAGAGACAGGUGAGUAUGCAACAGAUGAGGAGGAGGAGAUGAGUCCAGUGUUUCCAAACUCCAUUGAGGUUUUCGACCUGGCCGAGAACCAGGACAUGUUGUCUCCUGUGGAGCUGGACCCUGAGAAGCUGGCCCACAAAUUCAAGGAGCUCCAGAUCAAACAUGCAGUAACCCAGGCGGAGAUCCAGCUGUUAAAGAGGAAGCUGGCUCAUGCGGAGCAGGAUAAGUUGCGUUGGCGGAUGGAGUGUGCUCAGUUGGAGCAAAACAUCCGGGACAGUAAAGAGAGGAUGGAGAAACUGGAGGGCUAUUGGAUGGAGGCACAGUCGCUGUGUAAGGCAGUGGAUGAGCACCUGAAGGAAACCCAGGCUCAGUACCAAAACCUAGAGAGGAAAUACAGCAAAGCCAAGAGACUGAUUAAAGAGUACCAGCAGAAGGAGAUCGAGUAUCUGAAGAAGGAGACGGCUCAGCGUCGAGCACAUGAAGAGAGUGAGGCAACACACAAAGAGGAGGCGGACAAUCUGCAGGAAAAGAUCACAGACCUGGAGACCAAAGUGGAUGCCCUGAAGACCCCCAAACCCUCCUAGACUGCUGCUACUUCCGACCUCCUGUCUGUGACUGGAGGAGGAGGAGCUCUGCGUUCAUUCUGACCUGGGCUGCAUUUUAUUCCAAUCAACCAUUUACUGCACAGAGAGGUAGUAAAAAGAAUAACAGGGAUGACAAUUGUAGAAGAGAGGACAAGGAGGGUGACAUACAAAGAGGAAAGAAGCAACCUCUCAUCUGACAUCUGCCAACAGCUUAGAGCUCUGUUCGUCAGUAACCAAUCCCAGAAUGCACCUUCUGUAAUACCCAGAAUCCUCCUUGUGUGUCUUUCUGGCAAACGGCUUGGCAAUCAACACGGAAACCACAUUCAACAACCUGUACUUUAUUUGUGGAUGAUCUGCAUUGGCUUCUCCUCUCUUCAACAACACCAGGAUUCUUUAUUUAAUCCAAUUUCUUUUAAAAAAGGCGCUCUUAUUAAAUAGGCUCGUCACAAAGUGCUUUAUGGAGUGACAGAAGGCAUAAAUGCAGGACAAAACAGAGCCAACAAGAGGGGACAAACGUCACCUGAUUGUCGUUAUACUACUUUUGAACUAGGUGGUUGUUGAACCAUUCCUUUUUUUGUUUGGGACUGGACUGGAGUCUUAUGAAGAAGACUAACAUGUUUUCUGUCAUGUGGCAUUGAUCAUUCCAAUCAAAAACUACCAGGAGAAAUGGACACCUCAUUUUUCACCUCAAGACUCAACAAAUUCUGAAGUGGAACCUUGGUAGUGACACACAAGAACAACAAUUAAAAAAAAAAACUCUGAAAAGGAAAUAGCCACCACCUGCUGAUAGUUAAUUAAUAAAAAC